AUGAGUCUCGUUCUUUCAGCCCCGAAGAUUGUCCUCCUCGCCACCCACCUCGCCGCCAAAGCGGAUCUCGACAGCUUGUCCUUCGUCGCUGCGCAACAUGCCUCCGUGCUACGAAAAGAGUUGCUCCUGCGCAUCCUGCUCACCUACCUUCCCGAAACCUUGAAGUCCGAGGAAUAUGUCUCAUUCCUCGACGAGAUCGAAAAGGAGGAAUAUGUCACACACGAGCACUGGGACGUUGACAUAUCCGCUGUGGAACAUCUGAGCGAGGAGGACGCUGUCAAGAAGGUCCGCAAGCUGCACCUGCAGAAGCUGUCAUGGCCGCAGGCACCAGCGGAAGCUGAGGAUGACCCUCUCACGCUGUUCUUGCUGCGCCGGUCGCACAACGUGGACGAGGAGGCGGGGCUCUUGACCCAAUUACCCGAUUUAUUAGUGCCUUUCCUCGACCACUCGCCCUGCAUUCGAACGUGGACGAUAUCAGUACUUCUACCGCUGCUCAGAAGGAACUACGAAUACUACCCCAACAAUAGUGUUCCGGUGACACUAUCAGCAUUCGAACACUUGAGCGAUCACGCGGCCGUCGACUUGCUCCUGUCACAGACCGGCCAGCGGGAAGAGGACCUUCCUUACAUUGCUCGAGACCUCCGAAGUCUGUUAGGACCGUGGUUAUAUAGCGAAAAGAGGUGGAUAAGUAAAAGCCCGGUUGGGGCAGAAGCAGAGGACGCCGACGAGGAUGACCUGGAAUGCCCAGGCUGGGAGCAGAUGCUAGUGUGGCUCACCGCGCACGCAUCGAGCACUUGGAAAGUUGCGGUCGAAGCAAUAGAUCAUUGGCACUCGCCAGAGGAUGUCGACUUGGGCGGAUUUGGUCAGAUGUGGCUGAACGAGGACAAGCAGCAGUACCUAGAACACAGAUAUGCUCGUGCUGCUAUGGCGUCAGCGUACUCGAUUUCUGAAGCAACUACCGAGGCGCUGACAGGCGCAUACACCAUCGUUGCAGAAGUUGCAAAACUACUAGACGACCCUUUGCCACCAUUACAGACUGCGGCUUCCAACCUCACGCCAGUUCCAGAUCUGGGCAGUACUAAUAUCAUGUUCGCGAAGAAUGUCACUCACCUUCGGAACAACCUCCUCGACGAAGGCAAUGUCCUCACAAAGCCAUCCAAGCUAGCAACAACCCUCCUCUCCGCACUAGUCGUCAGCGCUUUUCUUGCGACGCGCGCCGGAUCUCCUUGCACACCUCGGAGAGCUGGCGAGCUGGCUCUACUGCAAGACGAGCGUGACCAGAAGGCAGAAGCUCUUAAACUCAUACACUCUAUCAGCGAAAACGGUCCAAACUCGGAUGACAGGUUUUGGCUCAAGGCCAGAAAUGAGAUCCUUUGGCUGAGAGACUGGGGCGCAGAAGAGGAUUCGGGUCCGGACGAGAACCAGCACUGUUCCGGGAUCUUCGGACGUGUUAGUCGGGACUUCCUUGAGGUUGAGAUCUUGAAGGCCCUGUUGGCGCAUACUCGAUAUUCACUGGCAAAGUCUCUCUAUGAGGAUUCGACCGAGCAGCCGCUUUCGAAGAAAGUUCUGCAGGACACCAUAUAUGCUGCGGCCAUGAGUGCCUACGACAACGCUUCAAAUCCCAACCGCACAAGGGGUGGCGUAAAGAAAUGCAAUGACAUAUUACAUGCCUUCCCGCAGACCAUAGAACGGUCGUUCGUGGCGACGCAACGGAUCGAGGCACUCCUCAAAGCGACCCACGCUUUGAGUGACUAUCGACUCGUGCUGAAGCAAGGAGAGCCAUUUACGCCUGUUGUCCUACGCGUCCACCAGGAUCCCAUCUCCAUUAUUGGAAAGGUGUUGGAACAAAAUCCCAAGAGCUAUACUAAUAUCCAAGACCUCGUUGAAGUUGGCCGUAAUAUGGUGGUUGCGGGCCUGACGGUUCGCGACAAGUCAGGUCAUUGCUCGCUUACGCCGGAAGCCGAGCCCCAAGAGAUUCUGCACACUGAGAGGCGCAUCACGGCGAUGUGCAUCGAUGCAGCCUUGACAGAGGAUGACUUCGAGACUGCGUAUUCCUACGUUGUCAACCGCGUGGCUGCUCUCGGCAAACCACCACAACCCUUGAGUCGCAAGGCCAGCAACGGCUCUUUGGUGAACAAGGCUGCGUCAGCACAGGGUCCACGGGAUGACUGGUCGUGGAGGGCAGCACUCCAAGCUGGCAAGUACCGCCGAACCUCGCGAACUGUCCGCCCUACGCAUCUCGGCACUGCAAGCGGCAACCCCGACAUCCGGCACCUGGAGCAGAGGAUCCAGUGCCUGGCCACCGCUCUGCGGGUUGCGCCUUCUGCGACACUACCAGAGAUACUCAACACAUACCGCCGCACGGAGGAAGAGCUAGACACGGCCAUCAAAGCCGAGCAGGAGCAGGAGAGCGCCUGGGACGAAGCCGCCGACAUGCAGACGAUGCCCGGCGGGUUUAAUGCGCCCACUCGCAGCGCCACGGCACCAGCCAGACAGCCGGCGUCGUCACGGAACACGGCCGAGGAAGCGCCGAUGUCGCUCUUCGACCUGUCGAGGGCCAGCAUGCGCUCUGCGCAGCGCAACCUGACGGCGCUGUCGAACUUCAACACCACCACGCAGGCUAGAGGCUUCGAUGCGCCGCAGACUGCGGAGGACUCGGCCGAGCAGCAGCAGCAGAGAGCGCGAAAGAGAGACCAGCUCAGGGACGCCGCCGUGGGCGGCCUGACUGCGGGAGUCGGUUGGUUGAUAGGAGCUCAGCCGGCGCCUCGCGCUCCUGAGAGGGAAUAG